UAUUGACGCUUGCAUGUCGGUGGGAAGAAUCGACGAUUUUGUUGAUACGAUUUAUAUCCUUGCAGUAGGAUGCAAUCUCUCGUACAAAGCUGUUAACAUCCUGACGAACCGCCAGGGAAUUAUCGAGCUACUUCGCCUUCUGGACUCCAAGGAAUGCCAGACCCUCAGCCCUGAAGAAGAUCUAUUAAGGAUUAAAUAUCACCGACGCGUCAGGAAAUCUACAAUAAUACUGUGUUCGUGUCUGGAAUUCACUGUUGCUAAUAUGAUUGUAUCAUCGGUUCUGGUGGAUAUCCCGGAACGUACGUUUCCACUCAAGAUAUGGCUUCCCUCGAAUUUCAGUGAAGACUUCGGUUUUUGGACGAUCUACUGCUCUCAGCUCAUCGCAUUCACCUACGCAGGCACAUUCCACGUUUUUUAUGACACUUUUGUCAUUGGGAUCAUGAUUACUCUCUCUGGACAACUCCAAAUUCUUCAGUGUAGAAAUCCUAAGAUGUCUGCACCGGAUGUUAAAUGUACAUCCCGAAGAAAUCGCGACAGAGAAAUCGGGGAGAUCUAAAUAACACACCGAUUAAACAAUUUUAAUUACUCAAUUAAUUGGAUAUUUGAUUUCAGGUAAUGACACCGCUGGAAAAAUCAUUCUGGAAAGGAAAUUAAUAAUCAAAACGAUGGAACAUUACGAAUUGCUUUUACAGUUGAGUACUCGUGUCUCAUUUACUCGCACAUACUCGGUGAUAUCUCGGAGAAUAACGAAGAUACCGAAAUUUUUGUUAUGACCUUUUUUGGAGAUCUCAUCAACCUCUUCGAGAAAGGUGGUGACGAAAUUUUCGGUAAACCCUUCAGUUCUCGAGAUAUCACCGAAAAACUGGUAUCUCAUAUCGUGGAGUGAUUUUCAGAUUCGCGAAAUCUUUCA